AUGUCCAUAUCCGUGUGGGACAUAGGCCAGGGGAAAAUAUCAUGGCCCAUCCAUCACCUGAUAUAUCACUGGAUAUAUGGGACCCCCCAGACUUGGCCAAGGCCUGGGGGGUCCUUUACGGUGGCAUUACGGAGGACUCCGGAUCACGACGGUACUGUUACGGUGGACAUAUCGUGGACCAGCAGCCCGGCAAAGGGCUACCACGACCGAACAAGAAGAGAGUAUGAUAUGACUAUGAAUCCCGAGACGGAGAAAUACCCUGUCGUCGCUACAGAACCACCGAGAGGGUCAGAGGAACAUGACCCACGUCCAGCUCCCCGUCGCUAUCCUUCCCGAAAGAGCAAUAUCCCACCGCCCCGAAGAGGACAAGCGCCUCCAAACAGAUUGCCAACAAUUUUGUACCGUACCCUCAUCUUGGGCCUGGUCUCCUUGUCUCCCGUCCCCUCCCUCCCGGUCUCCACCGAGCCAUUCUACCGGCCUAGAGACCCUUCCAACAACUACUGCAGCCCCCGGGCUACUUGGCCCUGGCCCCGUUGCCCUCGGAAGGAGGGGGUGAGGUGUACUUUUAACAACAUAGCCGCCCCAAAUCAUUUUCCCAUUCAUCCAAUCAUGUCUCAUAAUCAUCUCGUGCAACAAAAACAUCCCCCCCUCUCUCUCAAGGCGAAAGGUGAAAAGAAGGUCGGUCGGAACCCCACAGCAGCCCUACGUCUGCCAAAUCUGGGGGAAAACUGCCCAGGGCAUGUACGUGUGUGUGUGUGGAGGUUUACCGGGCGCUUGGGAAUGAUAUUUCCCCAUUCAACCCACUCCUCACUCGACCCUGCUCCAGCUCGCAGCUCGCAUGUCUGCCGCCCUGCCCGUCGCAAAAGCAGCGUGAGAUGGGCGGCUAGGCGGGCCCCCCAUGCUCGCCCCGCGCCGUGCCGCUGCGCGUCAAGCCGUCCCGGCUGUCAGGUUCGCCUAGGGCCCCUGUCUCCUCUCUUACCCUCCCAUGCUUGCCAGCCCAAUAUGUACCCAAGAAAAAAAUAG